AUGAUGCAGCUGAUAACGAAAUUCUGUGUUCUUCUCCCUGCCUUCACUACAGAAGAUGUGGCCUGGGCCAAGUUCCCCAAUCCUUUCAAAAAUAUUACAUUUAGCUCACUAGACCUUAGUGACAAUGGCUGGAGAACAGAGAGAGUCCAAUAUCUCUGUGCAGCCAUUGAAGAGACUCAAAUAAGUUCUUUAAUAUUUAGCAGUCCUAAAAUUGGUUCAGGAUUUGGCUUUGAUAACUUAAAAAAUCCAGAUGAUUCUACUUUUGCAGGACUAGGAAGAAGUAAUCUAAGGUUCUUUCAUAUUUCACAGGGUUACAUUUUCUCUCUCAAUUCUUUAGUCUUUCAAAGUCUUGGCAAUCUGGAAUCACUGAACCUUUUUGAAAACAUUAUCGUUUUUGAAAAGGUUCAGUGAUAAGCAUUUUUUGGCUUGGGCAACCUAAAAAUUCUCAAUCUCUCAAGAAACCUUUUGGGUAAGUUGUACAAUUACACUUUUGAGGGUCUUGUAAUGUAUAUUGAUUUACAGCAAAAUCAUAUUGGGAUGAUUGGUGACAAAUCAUUCAGGUAUUUAGUAAAUCUGAAAAUAAUUGAUCUCCGAGACAAUGCCAUUAAAAGUCUCCCUUCUGUUCCACAUCUGAGCUUUGCCUUUUUAGGUGACAAUAAGCUAAUGUCUGCAGGUGACAGAGCAAUAACUGCAACACACCUCAAAUUAGAAAGAAAUUGGUUGGCAAACCUAGGUGACCUGUAUGUUCUUUUCCAAAUUCCAUAUCUGCAGUAUAUCUUUUUAAAACAGAACUGGUUCUCUUACUGUGUGAAGAGUGCUUAUGUUAUAGAAAACAAUCAGUUACUAUAUAUGGAUCUAGGUGAAAAUAUGUUACAGCUGGUGUGGGAGGGAGAUUUAUGUUUGGAUGUGUUUGGGGCACUGCCCAAACUUCAAGUUCUACAUCUGAAUAACAACUACCUCAGUGCUCUUCCACAGGAGAUUUUUAGAGGUCUAACAUCUCUUAGAAGACUUAACCUGGCUUCCAACCUGUUGUCUCAUCUUUCUCCUGGGUUUUUCCCACGAAACCUAACAAACCUAAACUUAUCUGGAAACCAGCUGUUUUCCCCUGACCCUGAAGUCUUUAUGACUUUGAAUAUUCUGGAUAUAACACAUAAUAAUUAUGUCUGUGAUUGCAUUUUAAAGAGCCUGCUAGUGUGGCUGAAUGAAACCAAUGUAACCAUGGCUGGCUCCCAGUCUGAGAGAUACUGUGUGUACCCUGCCUUUGAAGGGAUACCCCUGUCAUAUAUGACAUACAAUGGUUAUGAUGAAGAUGAACUCCAGCAGACACUCAGAUUCUCACUCUUCAUCUUCUUCUUGGUCAUUGUUGUGUUUCUGGUGGCAGUCAUAAUUUUUACUCGCUGCUGGGGGAUUUGUUUCAUGUGGUAUAAAACCACCACAAAUGACUUGAUAGACAAUCAACAACGAACAGCAGAUAAAAGUGAAUACAAAUAUGAUGCAUAUCUCUGCUACAGCAAAAAUGACUUUGAAUGGGUCCAGAAAUCUUUGCUAAAGCCCCUGGAUUCACAGUAUUUUGAUAAAAACAGAUUUACCUUGUGUUUUGAGGAAAGAGAUUUCUUGCCUGGCGAAGAACUUAUCAACAAUAUUCGUGAUGCCAUUUGGAACAGCAGAAAAACAAUUUGCAUUGUGACCAGGCAGUUUCUCAAAGAUGGGUGGUGUGUGGAAGCCUUUCAUUUCACCCAGAACAGGUACUUCUGUGAUCUGAAGGAUGUCCUCAUUAUGGUAGUGGUUGGGUCACUUUCUCAGUAUCAACUGAAGAACAAACCGAUUCGAAACUUCCUACAAAGGAGUCAAUAUUUAUGGUGGCCUGAAGAUUAUCAAGAUGUAGGCUGGUUUUUAGAUAAACUUUCUUGCCAAAUUCUGAAAGGAAAAAAAGUGCAAAGGAAAACUAGUGGUAUAAAGCUGCAGCCUAUAGCAACUCUCUCACAUUGACUGUGUGAG